AGCACAAACAGAAUAAGCACAAGGCUACUUGAGAACAGAAAUACACAAAGAUUCUGCAAAAAACAAAUGGCCUCUUCCACCAUCAUCCUUGUUCUCACCACUCUUCUUGCAUUGCUCUCGUGGCAAGCCAUCGCUUCUGAUCCAAGCCCUCUCCAAGAUUUCUGCGUUGCUGACAAGGAUUCUCAUGUGCGUGUCAAUGGAUUCGUCUGCAAAGACCCAAAGGGCGUGAAGGUAGAUGACUUCUUCCUAGCAGCCAACCUUGACAAGCCAAGAGACACGACAAUUGGCAAGGUUGGGUCCAACGUCACCUUGAUCAACGUCAUGCGGAUCCCUGGCCUCAACACCCUUGGGAUCUCCCUGGCACGCAUUGACUAUGCUCCGCUAGGCGAGAACCCUCCUCACACGCAUCCUCGUGCUACUGAGAUCCUAACAGUUUUGGAGGGCACACUCCAUGUUGGCUUCGUGACAUCAAACACGGAUAACAAGUUGUUCACCAAGAUGCUCAACAAGGGUGAUGUGUUCGUAUUCCCGGAGGGGCUCAUCCACUUUCAGUUCAACCCUUGCCCUGACAAGCCAGCUGUUGCACUCGCUGCACUGAGCAGCCAAAAUCCGGGUGCUAUUACCAUUGCCAAUGCUGUUUUCGGGUCAAGCCCAGCCAUCUCCGAUGAUGUCCUAGCCAAGGCAUUUCAAGUGGAGAAGAAGACCGUAGACUGGCUCCAAGCUCAGUUCUGGGGUGACAACCACAACUAAAUUGAUGAUGUUGUAAUCUUAAGAAAAAAUAUUUAGCAUUCAUUUUUUCAUUAUAUUUAUUGUUUCAGGAUUGCAAUAUGUAACAAAAGAUCACUCGCUAUGUAACAUAAUAUCAUGUACAAUUUGAAUAAGAUAGUGUUCCAUGGAAAAGUGUAGGUCCCAAGCUAA